ACCGCUUUAAAGUGCUUAGUAAAAAUCCUUUAAAAAUUGGAGGAAAUCCCAAUUACAGGCAAACCUUACAAAAGGAAACCAUGUCAACGUUACCAUUUCUCCUCAGCGUAGCCGAUGAGCUGGACAACAUCAACUCACAAUCGUACAUGGACGAUUUCGGUUUGGGCUUCCAUCCACAUCGCCAGUACUAUCGGACUCCGACCAUACAAUUGUCGCUGCCGGCUGGCACCGAAUGGAUGCAACCCGAGGGAAGGCAUCACUCACGCUACAGAUCCGCCUUCCGCUAUGGCAUGGAGCCGGACAACAAUCUCACCUCGCCGGCCGAGAACGACGAAGAGGAUAACGAGGAACAGUAUGAGAGUUCGAACAAGGAUAGCCGUGACAAUGACAAAGCCGGACAGGCCACAACGUCCUCGGCCCAGAAGUUCGUAUCGGCCUUGAAUUCGAAUCGCCCCGAUGCCAGCGACAGCAUUGACAACUCAAUGCAGCUGUUCAAUUUGUCGAAGAAAUGCGGUAAAAAUUAUUAUCGUCAUCCGGAGCCUUGCACUUCAUCAGCAUCGUUAGCCACACCACCGCCCCUGCCGCCACGUAGUGCCACGGCGACAGCAGCUGCUGCGGCCGCCGCCGCUGCUGCUGCAGCCACCACAUCGACCAAGGAAAAGCCCAGUAUGAGCUAUCGCCUGCAUAGCAAAUGCCUGGAGGGUACCAAUUCAUCAUCGGAGGAAAGUUUACAGAAAGUCACCUCGUCCAUAGAGUUUUUAACGUGUUUCUUGCUGAAGAAAUCGCGUGUCAGCAAACCCUCAACAGCUGGGUCGGCCGAGGCUAAGAAAUCUUAGGACAACGAUAAUACACCGACCAAAUCAACGCUAGUGUCGAAACGACGUAGUCAUUGUUUUUAAAAUGAAUGAAGGAAACAACAACAACAACUCCCCACGUAAUGCAAAACACACUG